CACCCUGCUUUGUCUUCACCUUCACCCGUUCAAACCCUGUUUCUCUCUUGGUCAACAUGCGUCCCUCUUUAAUCACACUUAUCGCUCUCGUGGCCACGGCCACCGCGCACGGCCUCACUCGGCUAGAGGCUCUGCACCUCCUGAAGCGCCAAAGCAACGGCAACGGCGCCUUCAUCCCCGGCACGACCACCGUCUCCGACUGCCCGGAAGGCUCGAUCCUCUGCGGCACCAGCAACACCUGCUACUUUCCCUCGCGGGGUGACACCUGCUGUCCGGGGGGCACCUGGGCCUGCCCCGGCGACUCCUUUUGCCUUCAGGACCCCUACUGCUGUCCCACUGGCCUGGACCGCGAAACCUGCGCCCAGCAGUACGGCGUGACGCUGACUCCGACCGUGUCGAGUGCCGCGGGUGUCCCCGAUACCACCACCGCUACUCAACCAACCUCUGCACCGUCCGCCCCAUCCUCUUCCUCGACUUCCGUGGAUGAGACAAGCAGCAGCAGCAGCAGCAGCAGCUCGACCUCCGUCCCCAUCAUCCCGACCACAACGUCGAGCACCGUCGCGGACGCUUCGUCCUCCGUGCCGACCUCUACCCCUGCUGCCUCUUCCACCGCCACCGCAACUCCCUCGACUGAACUGUUCACUGGCGGCGCUGGACGCGUCUGCGGAAUUGGGGCCGGUGCAUUUCUGCUAGGUGGAGUGAGCGUGAUGGCAAUUGUUUUGUGAAUAAGCUUUACUCCGGAGGGAGUCUGCUAGGUCGGGUAGGGUAGGGUUCAGCUAAUACGGUGAGGACUCGACCAGUUGGUAGCAACGACUUGGACCAACAAAGAGGUUUAAUAUGUAUGCGCAUGUCGGAACCACGUAGGGUCUGAUAUCGUAGUCGUUGUAACCUGGACAGGCUCUCCCACUACAACUUGGUGGUCUGGGCCUGAUCGCAAUGGGAUAAAACCAAUCGAUGAAGCUCCCGAGUUCGGGCUCGCGGGGCAGCUGGAUGGUAAUGCGAGAU